AUGUUUAAUACAAAUCAUUUUCAUGAUCGCAUGGGAUCAGAAGACUUGAGAAACCAAUUUCUAUCGAAUGCAAAUCCGCCACAGCCUAAAGAUAAUCUAAGGCCAAAUGGUAGCUACGUUACAGAUGAUGAUGACCGUUCAAUUAUAUUUGGUAAUGAUAACUCUAAUCUAGCACCAUACCCAACUUCUAAGGGGUAUUCAGGCAUUUCAAAAAAUUCAGAUAGUUCGAACGCAAAUACGCACGAAUAUGAACUAGACAGACUACAAUCAACAUACAGCAUUAAUAAUAGCUCAGCCGAGAAUCCGUUUAACCCGCUACAGGGAAACCAUCCAUAUAAUGGCUAUGGUCAAAAACAGAAAGAGAAUCCAUUUAGAGAUCAGUCAGUGCCGGAGUUUCCACAACAAGAGUACAAUCCAUUUGAACCACAUAGGGAGCAACCUCCCAUACCAGUAGAUGAUGAAUAUGAGAAGAUGAGAAAAAAUGAGAAAGCUAGAUUGAAGCAGUUAAGAAGAAAGCCGAGAUUUCAUUAUACAAAGUUACCAUAUUUUACUAUCCUAGUGACACUAAUUCAAGUGAGUGUAUUUAUUGCAGAAUUAGCUAAGAUGUCAAGUUUGACUGGCUCUGCAUUUCAAACAAAACCAUAUUUCAAUCCGAUGUUAGGGCCUUCUACGUACUUGAUGAUCAACAUGGGUGCCCGUUACGCUCCAUGCAUGCAAUCUAUUAAAGGAAUAACCAAUGAUACAACUAUAAAUUUCCCAUGUCCAAAUUCGACUACCACAGAUACUAAUGUUUGUUCAUUGAAUGAGUUAUGUGGAUUAAGCGGUGUGCCGGUAAAAGAUGAUGUCUACAAACCUCACCAGUGGUACAGAAUUAUAACACCGAUAUUUCUACAUGCUGGAUUUUUGCAUAUAAUAUUUAAUUUAUUACUUCAAGUUACUAUGGGUGCAUCAAUUGAACGAAGUAUAGGCAUUAUAAAAUAUUCCAUCAUAUAUUUGAUGAGUGGUAUAUCCGGCUUUCUUUUAGGGGCUAACUUUUCACCGAACGGAAUCGCGUCAACAGGUGCUUCUGGUGCCCUCUUUGGUGUAGUGGCUACUAAUAUAAUGAUGUUUGUUUACUGUGGGAAGAAAAAUACUAAUAUAUACGGGACAAAAAAAUACGGUUUGUUCAUAUUUAUUAUGAUUAUGGAAAUUAUCAUAUCAUUAGUGUUAGGACUUUUACCAGGAAUGGACAACUUUAGUCAUAUAGGAGGGUUUGCGAUGGGUAUUCUUACGGCUAUUAUUUUAUUGCCUGACCCAUUUUUUAUAUAUAUCGAUGGAAUAAUUACCUAUCAUGCCCGAGACGGUACAAUGCAACAAUUUAGGAAUAAUUGGAACCCGAUGUACAAUUGGGAAGACAAAAUACCAUCAAGAUUUUAUAUUUGGUGUGGCAUAAGAGUUAUAUGCUUAGUGUUGGCUAUAGUUUACAUAGCCAUGCUAGUAAAGAACUUUUUCAAUAGUGGAGAAAACCCGAUAGACAAUAAUUGUUCUUGGUGCAAAUAUAUUAACUGCAUUCCUGUUAAUGGAUGGUGUGAUAUCGGCGAAGUAACCGUAGAGACAGAGAACACUUCAAAUUCUAAAAGAAGCAUUGAUUCGGAAAUGUUGUUUUCAGAGACAAAAUUAAAAAAUAUUGAAGUGCUUGAGACUACAUCACAUUUAGUUCAGCAUAAUAGUAAUCACAUAUCAUCUGGCAGCUCAUUUUUUGAGUAUCAAAAUACAAGUACGGGGUUAGUAAUUUGCCUUUUUCUUGGAGCAAUGACACUCAAAUUUUAUAAAUCAAAGAAACAAAUUUAA